UGAACUGCGUGUGAGGGACCAAAGUAAGAAGUUGGUAGGCAGGUUCUCAUGCGUGUGUGUGUGGUGCCGCUGUGCGUUGGCCAUUGUUUAUAGAUCGCGUACGACUUGAGUCUCGACGUGAAGCGACCGCCGACUCACGCUGCUUGCGGGAACGGCAGACUUGGCGUGUGUCGACCGGUAGUCCGGUGCGCGCGUAACGCGGGGAACAUGAACACGCUAAUUAGCAAAAUUGACCGCAAGUGGACGAUUUUAACCUUAACACGUGCCUGGAAGACACCAGUUACAACUGUGAAGAUCCAGCAGUCUACCCUGCCCUCCGAGCCGGUCAUUCCCUCCAAGAAGCCGUUCAGAGUGGAGCUGGUUGCGGGGAAGCGGUACUCGUGGUGUACCUGUGGACACAGCAAAACGCAGCCUUUCUGCGAUGGCGCCCACAGGACUAAAGCCCAAGGCCUGUCCCCGCUCCGCUUUGUGCCUGAGGAAGAUGCCACGGUUUGGUUGUGCGGCUGCAAGUACACCAGUAACCCACCUUACUGUGACGGCACACACAAGCAGGAGUUCAUCCUAAAUGCACCACUACAUAAUGAAUAACCCUGUUCUUGAGGGAAUAGGACUAGUGGCAUUUCUCAGCAUCUGGCAGAGGGGGUGGAGCAGCGACCGGCACGGCUCGGGAAGAGUGGGGGUAAUUAGCCAGGUGCAAUGGGGGAGGAAAAGGGGCAAAGACAAAAUCUGAGCAUGACUACUUUGGUGUUGAUCUCGACCACCUAUUGUAAUGGAAGGGUCUGUAUUCAAAAUAACGCCACGUCAAACGCCAUGUUUAGAUACACUGGUAUAAUUUUGGCACGUAUGAAUACCUGGGUAGCACAUGGCUUGAGACCUUGUCCAAAUCAUGAAUACAUGUUUUGGCCAGUAAGACAACGUCAAGCUGACUAACUUGAACAUUAAACAUGAUGUUCUCAUCCAUACGAAGAGAUAUUCAUCCACGCUUACCUGUGUUGCAGUCACGAUGGGAUUGGGUUUAAAUCCCCUUUGAAAUAUUUGCCAUCGUUGGCUUUCCCACACCAGUGUUUUUGAGAAGCUGGUGAGCAUCUGUCCUGGUCAACAACUUUGUUGUGUAAUAAACGCUGACACACUCCCCUGCCUGUAGAUGACUGGGGAGGGGGGGGGUAAACGAGACAGAUAAUGGGAAUGACAGGAAGUUGCACGUCCACUGGGAAACCUGUCUUGGGUAUUGGUUAGGAUGAUACCUUUUCAGAAUGAGGUUACUUUGAGCUAAAGAUUUCAGUUUUGUCAGUAUUCUGUGAUGUUUAGUGUAUUUCUGAAAAUGUUGAAUGCAUAAACGGUUGUGAAACGCACAAAAAAAAAUGUAUACCUCAACUGUUAUCUGAAGUAUGCCAUGAAGACAAAUAAUGAAAGCGCUCAAUUGUUUCUCAGUUGUGCCAAACAUGGCAGCUGUACUGUACUGGAGCACACUUUUAUUUGUACAAGAGAUGACUGUUCCCUUCUGCUGUAACAUGGGUCCUUGUGUUAACAGUAUUGAGAAACUAGUGUGGAUUUUUUACUCUUAAAGUCAUGAUGCACUACAGGAAAACUCCAGUACUUUUUUAACCUAAGCUCUAUUUUCCUGUUUAACUGCCUUUUUAAAAUGGAGAAAAUAAAGGCGUAGGUUAAAAAAUGACCGGCGUUGCCUUUUAACGGGGCGGCUCCUCGUCCCGGUAACUUCGCAAAAUCAUAACAGGACACUCGGCUCAAAAAAAAAACCUAGUAAGUAAACACUUUAUUCUCUUACAACAUGCACAUAUGGCUGGUAAAAAAAAAAGUAUUGUAUGUUCAGAGAAACUAAUGGAAUGUUGAAAUUGAACGAAAUACAACAUACAUGGUCAAUAUUCAACCCCUUCUUGCAUUCCCUCGUCUGUCCUAAGAUCGAGAUAAAGACCUGUCGACAAGACGGCAGCCUUUGCACAUGGGUAGUGUUGGGAGUUUUCUGGUAUUGAAUAGUUCUUAAACGGAAAAAGCUUAUCGGUUUGGUAUAGAGUCUGUCGUGCGAAAUUGGCAAAGUGCAUCGACAUUAUUCCUUAUGCAAUGUAUAUCCUUCAAGACGCCGGGCCUUUAGUACCAGGUGAGCGGUUACUUAGAGCAGACAUUUACACAGUUAUGGUUACGUGACUGUCAGGCAUGGUAGGUUUAAGUUUUUCUUUUUUUCUUUUAUUACAUCCAACUUGAGCUGUUUUGCGCUGCAAUGCCUUUCAGCAUUUUGUCUGGAGUAAUGUCUAAGCCAAAUAAACGCUCAUGAGCUACGGGUGAGAAAGACCUACUGCAUAUACAUUACAAAACAAUUACAAUAGCUUGUAUAAAAGAUAAGUUUAUACAUAUGUAUGCACACAUGCUCACAUUAGAUACAUACUAUACAGUUUGUAUGUGUGCAUUGUUCUAGUCUAACACACAUAACCACACACGCACAUACAAGUGUCUAUUUGGCUGCACUUAUGUCUUCCCGCCGCAAGAUGAAAAUGGUAAUCCGCCUCCCGUUUCUCCUGGAAGAACGCUUCAGCAUGUCUGUUCCUGUUUCUCCGUGGAAAGUGAACUUUGGAGAUGGGAGCAAUUCAAACACUGUCCUCCCUUCUGUUAUGCGCCUCA